AUGACCGCCGUUGAACCCCAGACCGAAAGAAGGCCGAGCCUCAAUACACACAACCUGAAAGAGCUCCAAAUACACCAGUACAAGUUACCCCAACAGCGGCAAGCACAGCACGCAGAGGCUGCUCGCCGAUCCGAAGUUGAUGUUUGGCAACUCAAAGAGCUCCAAUGGCCACCCGACGACGAGACACGAGCUAUGAUCAAAAUUAUUACGCAGAAUGAGAAUGGGCCAUGCGGUCUGAUCGCACUAUGUAAUAUACUAAUUCUAAGAGGAGAUAUCACCAUACAACCACCAGAACGAAGAGCCUAUGAGUACUUGGCUGGUCUUAUUGCAGACCACAUACUUGCUUCUCCGCUGCUGGACCCCACGUCUGACGACCUGACAAAGCACUUACUACACUCCCGCAUACCCAACGUGAGUGUUUACGGCCAGUAG